CGCUGGCUUCCAAUUACAUUUCUCGAAUUCAGUAAUUUACAAUGCGCGCUGUCCUCCAAAAGGUUCUGCGAGCCAGCGUCAGCGUCGACGACCGUGUGGUCGGUGAGAUCGGCCGCGGUAUCACGGUUCUAGUUGGCAUCAGCCAGCACGACACCAAGGAAGACAUGGAGUACAUGGCCAAGAAGAUCCUGAAUAUGCGGGUAUUCGAUGACGCAGAGGGUGCCAUGUGGAAACGCAGUGUGCAGGACGAAGGUCUGGGUGUCCUGCUGGUAUCCCAGUUUACAUUGUACGGCAAGACAACAAAGGGCAACAAGCCCGACUUCCACGAGGCCAUGAAGUCUGCAGAGUCAAAGCAGUUUUUUGACGACUUUGUCAAGCGCGUCGGGCAGUUGUACGAUCCGUCCAAGGUAUCUACCGGGGAGUUUGGCGCAAUGAUGCAGGUCAGCCUGGUCAACGACGGACCGGUGACGCUGGAGCUCGACUCUAGAAAGUUCUCCUUACGACACGAAGGAUCCGGCCAAGGAAAAGAUUCUGAAGGGCAAGGAGCAGCGGCGCAAGGGAUUCGAGCAGGGAAAGGCGAAUUCGGAAACCAAAGAAUAGACAACUUUCGAUAUAUAUUCCAAAACCUUUAGACAACCG